CACUGGUGGCGCCACACCACACAAGGAUAACUGUAAAUGACGAGAUUUUUGUUCAAUGUCUUAAAUUGUUCAUAUACCUCAACGAGUUUUCGACAAUUAAAAUGCUGGAUAUGCUGCAUCAUUGCCGCUCGAUGUGAACAGCCUUUUUCUUAUCAUGUCUCAAUCACAAUGCUUGUAUUUGAGCAGGCAGACACAAUAAGCUUUGUGCGGCAAUGGAUCAUUUCUUUGUACGAGAGGAGUUUUAUCAAGGCUGGUGUAGAGCAAGUUGUGUUGUGUUUGCACAUCAUCCGAGAAGCUAAUCAAGAGAUAAGUCAUGUGGAACAGCUUAAGAUGAAGCUCUUCAAGGGUUUUACAGGUAAUGUCAUGAGAGUGCCAAAGAGGAUGAGAAUAGACUUGGAGUACAAUAACAUAAUUUGUAACUGAUGUCAAGGUAUUUAUAGAAGAAUGUAAACGCGGAUAAAUUCUGCUGGACAAUAAGUACAAAAUUCAGUUAGAUUAUAAGUUGUAAUUUGUAAAAAAUUAAAAUUAUUCACAGGAGCAAAAUUUUCUAUUGAUGAGGGAUGCUA